AUCCUUGUCGCAGCAGCAGCAGCAGUAACAGCAGUAAUAGCAGCAGCGACAGCAGGCGUGACGAGGGUGGUCCUCCCUCCAGCAACACAGCGCCGCCCUCCACCAUUCCCAGCCAGCGACCCCGCCUCCGCCUCCGCCUCCGCCACCGCCUCCUCCGCCUUCGCCGCCGCCUCCACCGUCGCCCUCCUCGCUGCCCUGGAGGUGUGCCAUCACAACUUUCACGCCCCCGCCAAGGAAAGAUAGACAUGAUGUCACACGAGGCGCCCUCCUUCACCACCGCAGACUAUCUGGUGUUCACGGCCUCUCUUAUUAUCUCUCUGGGUAUUGGCUUCUACCACUGGUACAGGAGCCGCGGCAGGGACACCAAGGACUUCCUGAUGGGGGGAGGACACAUGUCACCAAUACCUGUAUCCUUCUCCUUCGCUGCAGGUGUCAUCUCCGCCGUCUCUAUACUAGGUAACUCCGCCGAGAUGUACUACUACGGCUCCCAGCUGUGGAUGAAUAUUAUCGGCGUGAUGAUCGGCACGGUGUUCAUCAUGGCGGUAGUUAUGCCCGUCAUCUAUCCCCUCAAGCUCAUCACUAUAUAUGGCUACUUGGAGUAUCGCUGGGGAAGCAGUCUGGUGCGGAAGCUGGCUUCUUUACUACAGCUGAUCAACCUCACCACCUAUAUGGGCAUUGCACUGUACGCCCCGUCCCUCGCCAUCUCCUCCGUCACCCCCAUCAGCACCAACACCUCAGUCCUUGUGCUGGGGAUUGUGUGCGCCGUGUACGCCUCCAUGGGCGGCGCGAAGGCGGUGGUGUACACAGACAACUUCCAGUCCGCGGUGAUGCUGGCGGGCGUGAUUAUCGUCAUCGUGCAGGGGUGCGCCGAGGUGGGCGGCGGGGCGGCCUCCUGGAGUAUCGACGCGCAACACAAUAGGCUGGAGUUCUUCAACUUGAGCACGGACCCGUUGGAGCGCCACACUCUCAUGAACGUCAUCAUCUUUGGCAUCUACUUCACCUUCUCGACCACCGGCUUCUCCCAGUCACAGUACAUGCGGUGGGCCUCCGUGAACAGCCUGCAGCAGUCCUACCUCGUGAUGGUGGUGGGGUCGGUGGGCCUGGUGGGGCUGUGGUCACUCAUCAACUACUCCGGCCUGGUGGUGUUCUCCGUGUACGCUGACUGUGACCCGCUCAGCGCCAAACUACAUCGAGAAGAUUGACCAAAUUCUGAUGUACUUCGUGGCGGACAAGCUCGGUUACCUGCCUGGCAUCCCCGGUCUGUUCGUGGCGGCCAUCUACAGCGGCGUCAUGAGCUCCGUAUCGUCGACCCUGAACGCUCUGUACCGCCAUGGUGUGGAAGGACCUGC